AUGGAUCCCUCUGUCCCCCAGGUGAGCAAUAUCAUCUUCAUCGAUUCCCCCGUUGGAACCGGCUUCUCGUACUCCAAAACAGAGCAAGGAUACAAAUCAAGUGAUACCCAAGUCGUCACCCAAAUUGUCAUCUUCAUCAUAAAGUGGUUUGAUGAGCACCCAGAGUUCUUGUCGAAUCCUUUUUACGUUGCCGGUGAUUCCUACUGUGGCAUUACUGUCCCAGGCAUCACCCUUGGAAUAGCUAAAGGGAUAGAAGAUCGCAGUGGAUCAGCUCUCAAUCUAAAGGGCUACCUUGUGGGGAAUCCAGUCACAGCUUAUUGGUACUAUGAUAAUCCAGCUAAAAUUCCAUUUGCACACGGAAAAGGUCUCAUAUCUGACGAAAUGUACCAGGCGUACAAGGAGAGCUGCAGUGCAUGGGAAUUCAGCCAGGAGUGCACAGAAAGUCAUGCUGCCAUCGACGAGUGUGUCAAGGACAUAUGCCCAAAUCACAUCCUGGAGCCCCUGUGCGCUUUCGCGAGCCCGCGUCCAUACAAUCUGAAACUGAAUUCAAGCGCACGAGAGAUGCUCCAGCUGCAGGAGGACUACACUGCCAGGGCCGGGCUUCAGCUGUCUGAGAUUUCUCCAGAGUGCAGAACAGCGGAAUAUGCGAUGUCCAUGAUAUGGGCGAACAAUGACACUGUCAGAGAGGCUCUUGGUAUCCACAAAGGAACGGUCCCUUCAUGGCUAAGAUGCAACUUCGACAUACGGUACACCAACGAUAUUUUCAGCUCGGUGGAGCACCAUCUGGAUGUGACCACCAGAGGCUACAGGAGCCUCAUCUACAGCGGCGAUCAUGACAUGAUUGUACCUUCCAUCGGCACGCAGGCCUGGAUCAGGUCUCUGAACUUCUCCGUUGUGGAUGACUGGAGACCGUGGUAUGUCGAUGCACAAGUUGCAGGAUAUACAAGGUCUUACUCGAAUAACCUCACCUUCGCAACUGUCAAGGGCGGUGGACAUACUGCUCCGGAGUACAUGCCAAAGCAAUGCCUUGCUAUGUUUGGAAGGUGGCUUUCUGGUGAGCCUUUUUGAUAGUGUACAUUGCAGCAUCCGGUGGUGGUUACUAUGUCCGUCACACUGUAAUUGCGUUGUGUUGGUUGUGCCUUGGAGCUAUAGCAAUAGUUGUUAAAGCUUGAUUCGCAGAUGCAAAUUAUUGUUCUGUUCAAUGUACAACAAUGGGGGAUAUGGCUGUGUGCAUCGCUUGAUGCAGAGGCCAGG